AUGCCGGCUCCACACAUCAGGCCUCCAGUGCGCCUCCCCAGUCCGGUACGUCCUGUAUCAACUCCCCGCACUCUCCCUGAAGUGCGUGUCAACAAUCCGGUGCCACCUGUGCCGGCUCCACGCAUCAGGCCUCCAGUGCGCCUCCCCAGUCCGGUACGUCUUGUGCCAGUUCCACGCACUCACCCUGAAGUGUGUGUCACCAGUCCGGCUCCACGCACUAGGCCUCCAGUGUGUAUUCACAGUCCAGAGCCGCCAACGAGGGUUCGCAGUCCAGAGCCUCCAGCGACGUUUAAUAGUCCAGAGCCGCCAGCGAGGGGUCACAGUCCAGAGCCGCCAGCGAGAGUUCACAGUCCAGAGCCGCCAGCAAGGGUUCGCAGUCCAGAGCCGCCAGCGAGGGUUCGCAGUCCAGAGCCUCCAGCGAGGGUUCACAGUCCAGAGCCGCCAACGAGGGUUCGCAGUCCAGAGCCUCCAGCGACAUUUAACAGUCCAGAGCCGCCAGCGAGGGUUCACAGUCCAGAGCCGCCAGCGAGGGUUCGCAGUCCAGAGCCUCCAGCGAGGGUUCGCAAUCCAGAGCCGCCAGCGAGGGUUCGCAGUCCAGAGCCUCCAGUGACGGUUCCAAGUCCAGAGCUUCCGGCGACGGUUCCCAGUCCAGAGCUUCCGGCGACGGUUCCCAGUCCAGAGCUUCCGGCGACGGUUCCAAGUCCAGAACUUCCUACGACGGUCCACGGUCCAGAACCUCCUACGACAGUCCACGGUCCGGAACCUCCUGCGACGGUCCACGGUCCGGAACCUCCUACAACAGUCCACGGUCCGGAACCUCCUGCGACGGUCCACAGUCAGGAACCUCCAGCUGUGGUCGACGGCCCAGAGCUUCCAGGCAAGGUGUCCAGUCCCACUCCAGGGCAGGAGUCUUCCUCUACACCGAUGUCCAGUCAAGGCACGGUGCUCAGUCCUGCUCCGAGGUCGGAGUCUUCCUCUGCGACGGUGUCCAGUCAAGGCACGGUGCUCAGUCCUGCUCCAAGGUCGGAGUCUUCCUCUGCGACGGUGUCCAGUCCAAGCACGGCAUCCAGUCCAGCUCCAUGGCAGGAGCCCUCCUCUGCGCCGGUGUCCAGUCCAGACACGGCAUCUAGUCUCGCUCCUAGGCCCGAGCCUUCCUCAGCGCCGGUGACCAGUCCAGGCACGGCUACCAGCCCAGCUCCAAGGCACAAGCCUUCCUCUGCGCCGAUGCCCAGUACGGGCAUGUCGUUCAGCCCGGCGCCAUGGUCGGUUCCGGGGUCUGGGGGGGGCUAUGACCCGCACCGGAGCCGCCACCAACACUAA